AUGAUCCAGCAUUGCAUGGGUCUGCUCCUUCUGGUAGGAUGUGCUGCAUGUAUGGGACCGGUGAUGCGUAGUGAUCGACAUUACCACAAGGCGUUACAUCGCAGUUUUCGGUCUCCACGUAACACCUACCAGAAGACGGACCGAUUUCCCGUUGACGAACGACCGCGUAGGGAUGUCAAGCCUAGCCAUAACGAGACCCAUACAACUAAACAGAAGUCGCCCAUCCCUGAUCGGGUUGACUUACCGAUGGAUCGGUUACGUCGGGCGUUUGGACGGAACGACUAUUUGUUACCGGAAAACUUCAAAACCCUACGGCGCUCCGACAUUCCGGUCACUUAUCGCCUUCAUGACGAUCUUCUACGCUAUUAUAGGUGA